AAACAAAAAACACAAAUAAAAAUAAAAGAAAAAAGAAAAAACAAAGUAAAAACAAUUUGAUCAUCGUCAUAAACUGUUUUUGCUAUUUCUCUGCACAUUUUACUCUCUCGAACAAUCUUCAUAAUCCCCAUUAAAUCUCAGUUCCUUUCAUGAACCCUAACUUUCGUCAUCCACUUUCUCAUCCAAAAAAUUGUAAUUUCACUUUGUUCUAUCUCUAAUUGCAUCUAACGGUUAUAUCUGAUUCGAUUCCUCCCUCUUUCUCCGGCAAAUUUCGUUGUCUCAGAUUCACAUACUUUAAACAAGUGGAUCUAAAGUGGAAGAAGAAGAAAGCUUGUGGAUCUAAGUGCCUAUCACGGUGAAGAGAAUUCACUUGGUAAACUUUGAAUUUCACAUACUUGAACUACCCAGUUAUUUAGAUAGGUUUUGUUUACUAAUUUUGUUCUACAGUUAUUUUAUUAUUGAUGAUCAGUUUAAAAUAUAACGAUCCACUACCAAACAAAAAUUUGGACAAAGUCAAAAGCGUCUUCUUCUUUUUAAUCCGAUACAGAGAACAAAAGCAAAGUAGGAACCACAAAAUGUGUUGUGGAACAUUUUCUUUUAAUCUUGUUCUUUAUUAUGGUUUUCAGUAACCAUAUUUUUUAUUUCUUUCUUACCCAAUUAUGUAGUCCAAUUACAUAGAUUACUCUUAUUAAUAUGUUUGAUUUAGGUAUAAUGCAGGAUUUAGUUGGAGAUGUCUACUACUAAUGAAGAUUCUUUCAGUUUACCAAGAAAACUCUUUGAACCAGAUACGGAACCUACACUUGAUGAUCAUAUCAACUAUAAAUCUCGUCUCAGUCUCUUUGAUGAAAAGUGGGAUAGGCAUUUUAAAAAGGAGUUAGAUUACAUUAAGGCAUCUCCUUUUGGGGAUAUAUAUCGGCUAGCAAAGGACAAUAAAUUCGUUUGGUCAGGUACCCUUGUUCAUUUUCUUCUUGCAAACCAGCUAGUAACAAACAGAAAAUAUGAGUUGUGGUCUCUUUUUGCUGGGCAACCAAUACGCUUUUCGCUAAAGGAGUUUGGAUUUAUAACUGGACUUUCAUGUGAGCAUUAUCCCACUGAUCAUGUGGAAGAUAAUGAAGAAGUUCCGAGCAGGUGGACUAAGAUGUUAAAGUCCAAAAGUAUCCAUCUUUACAGAAUUUAGAAGAAAUGGCUUUGGACUGUAGUGGAUGGAGUGACGAUGACCGGAUUAGGCUAGCAUAUCUGAUGAUAUUGGCUGGAAUUUUGUUGGCUCGUCAUAAAGGAACUCCUUUACCUAGGAAAACCAUAGAAUUGGUUAGAAAUAUUCAUAGGUUUGAGAAGUAUCCAUGGGGUAGGACUGCUUUUAAGAUUCUUAUUGAUUCAGUUCAUGAGGUAAAAGAUGAUUUGUGUCAACCAUCUUAUGCCAUGGAUGGUUUUGUCCAAGUUCUCCAAAUAUGGGGGUAUGAGGCUGUUCCGAUGAUUGCCAAGAAAGUUAAAGCUCAUGCAGAAAAUGCAAUAGAUGGUUCAUCUAUAUUAAAGUGGAAGGGAUCUAGAGCAAGAAUUGACUAUUUUAGUCUCGAACAGAAUACGGACAAGGUAAAGGUCAAUGCUUUUCUUGUAGACGAGAAUCCAUUAAGUAUUUUGGCACCCCAAUGGAAAGAUGAGAUCCAAGACCCAUUGGUGAGUAAUCUCAUUGGUGGUUUAUUUUGCACAACGAAUUUUGAAAAGAGCAUUUGGGUUGGUCAUGGUUUGAAAGAAGGACCACCACGUAAGGAGAUACUAAUCCCAGAAAAGAGGCGGAAGAGAAGAAAGAUGUGUAGAGUUCUUAACGAGGAAGAGAACGAGGAGUUAGUAACUCGAUCAUAUCUUGAUUCAUGCAUUAAUGGGCUUCAUAAAGCCAUCUCUGAUGGUUUUGAUGGACUGAAAAUAAAAGUUAAAAGUGUCGACACCAAGAUAAGUGAACUACAGAAGCAAGUCAAGACAAUGCAACAAAGUGAACUUCCUAGUGGCAAAAAUCAGUCAUUGUCAACGGCUUCAUCUCCAGUCAUAGUCCGCAAAUGUACCAAGACAAUAAAAUAUGAUUUGCGAGAUGAGUUUGAAGAGAAUAUUCCUCAGAUUUCGGUGAAAGUGAAUAAUUUGUAUCAUUUAGAUAACAUGGGUAGUGGUGGUAAUAAAAAUGGUGAAGAGAAAAAGGAUGAUGAUGUGCAAAUUACGUUGGCAAUUCCAUCUUUAGAAAAGAAGGUUGAUUUUGUUCAGACUGUGUUGGCUACUUCACCAUUGGAGGAGAAGGCUGAUGUUGUUCACACUUUUUCGAGGAGUCCGCCAUUAGAGAAUAAGGGUGACUCUGUUCAAUCCAUGUCGAUUUCAUCUCUAGAGAAGAAGACUGCCUUUGUUCAGACUAGUUUGGGGAGUCCACCGCUAGAGAAUAAAGGUGAUUUUGUUCAGACUUUGUCGGAGAACCUACCAUUAGAGAAUAAGGGUGAUCUUGUUCCAUCCGUGUCGGUUCCAUCUCUUGAGAAAAAUGAUGGUUUUGUUCAGACUAUUUUGGCAACGACUUCAUUAUUAGAAAAGAAUGCUGAUUUGGUUCAUGCUUUGUCGGGGACUUCACCAUUAGAGAAAAAUAAUGAUUCUCUUCAAUCAGUGUCGUCAGCUCCACCUAUGGAGAAUAAUGAUGAUUUUGUGCAACUUGUGUCACCGACUCCAUCAUUGGAAAAGAACUUCAAGACCAGAAAAAUGCGGUUGGUCGAGGCUAAGUUUGAGGAGUUCAAUGCUAUGUUACGUGCUCAGCUGGAAAAAGACAGAAUGGAACUUGGAUUGGGGCCAUCUCAAAAACUUUUAUCUGUCCCCCGUGAUAAGAAAAAGAGUAUAAAGUCUCUGUCAUUCUAUGAUCCGUUUGGACCUAUCGAUAUGUCAAAAGUAGAUGCACUAAAUGAAUGGAACAAGCUCGAAAGGUUAGUGAAAAUAUUGUCAAUAAGUUUUUUUAUUCUUUUUAUAUUAUAUGUAUUUAGUAUGAUCCUUUUCUUUUACAGCAAUGAGCUUGAUCUUGGCUUUUACAAAGUUAAAAAACAGUUUUGGGAAACUCUAAUCAUGGAUAAGAAAUGGCUUCACACCGGUGUAAGUAAUAGUUAUAUGAAUUUUAUUAAACAUUUUGCUUAAUCUGUUAAAUGUAUAUUAUU